AUGACUGACGGACUGGAUACUCACUCGACGAACCUCUCCGCCGUCCCCGGCCUUGCACCGCAGGGGGAUUCGCCCGCGCCUUCCACAGACGGGUCAGGCGCAGUGUGCGGAGGCGGAAGCAUUGGCGCUUCCGUCCAGCCCGCGAAUUUCCGUUUCCCCGCGCUCGCGGGGAGGAAGCGACGCCAGCGGGUCGGAGGAACUUUCUUCGCGGCGGGAGAUGCGGAGCGGGAGCUACUGGCGAAGCAGCUGUCGUUACUGGUGACCGCGGAGGAGGUAGAAGCCAUCAUGCGACAAGUGCGGGGAGAAUCGGACGGCGCAGGAGAGUCCUUGGCGAGCGGAAUCGACGGUGCGGAUGCAGCCAGUGAAGAAGGCAGGGGACAAGGUGACUCCAUGGCAGUUAGCACGGAGGCGGCAGAUAUUGACUCAGGAAAUGCAAUCGCCAUACCUCCUUCAAGUGAAGCUGCAGAUUUACUAUCCGCCACUGUUGCACGCAAAACAGAUGCGGUAUCCAAGGAGAAAGAGCGAGUCAUAAACAAGAAUGCGUUCGAAGAGCCCAUCAGAUGCCCAAUCCCAGGCUGCCACGUGGUGGUGCAGGGAGCUCUGGCCCUGGACGCGCAUCACCAGGCCAUGCACCGCGCCAUGUGCGCCACGUGUAGCAAGGCGUUUCCCUCCAAUCGCUUGCUCAACAUCCACGUGGCAGAAGCCCAUGACUCCUUCUUCCAGGCGAAGGUGGCACGAGGGGUGGCCAUGUACGAGUGCCUGGUGGAGACCUGCACACACCGCUUCCCCUCCGACGCUGUACGGCAGCAGCACCUGGUGGACCGCCACCACUACCCGCCCUCCUUCCACUUCCACUCGCUCUCCCACUCCCACCCCUCCCAGCGCCGGCGGCGACAGAUGGCCCAGCAUAAGGGGGAGGGAGCGGGGAGAGAGGGGGGGAUGGGGGGUGGGGAGAGGGGAAGGGGGAGGGGAGGGAGAGGAGGGCGUGGGAGGGGGAGGGUGGGUGGGAGAGGGGUGGCUGGGAUGGAGAUGGAUGGGGAGGGUGAGGGUGGGGGAGAGGGGAGAGGUGGGGAGGGGAAUGGGGGGUUGGGUGAAGGGGGCAUGGAAGUUGAAAGUGAAGAGUCGGUGAAUAAGGCUGUUGGAGGGGGUGUUGCAUAUGUGAGUGUGCGCAGGGGAGCUUGUAGUAAUGCAGGUGGAACAGGUGACGCAGAUGGCAUGGGUGGCGCAGCUGGCACAGUUGAGACUGCAAGCAUAGCUGGCACGGUGAAGGCCAGUGAUGUUCUUAAUGUAGUGCCAGGGGGUGAUGGCACACCAACAACACUUCUACGCUCCCCUUUCCCCCAAACCCCUCUCAACCCUUUCCCUCUCCCUUCCCCCCCUCUCUUUCCCGCCGUCUGCCCUUUUCGUCUGUCCCUUCUCCGUCCAUCUCUCCGUCGUCGUCUCGCCCGCCCGCGCGCAGCAAUGGCGGCGGCCAAACAGCCGCGACGCCAGCGAGCUGCGGGCAGAUGCCUCUCGCCGGCGCGGCUGUCCAAGUGGCGCAAUUUCAUUGGCUCGCUCCGGCCGUCCAUUGUGGUGGCGAAGGACGGGUCCGGAAACUACCGCACUAUCUCGGAAGCCAUGGCGGCGGCUCCCAAGGGCGCGGUGAUCUACGUGCGCGCGGGCGUGUACGAGGAGCAGGUGCGCGUGAGGCAGGACCGCGUGGUGCUGGUGGGGGAGGGGCACGCGCGCACGGUCAUUCGGGCGGGGCGCAACCAGGCGGAGGGCACUCCGCUCAUGGACACGGCUACUCUCAGUGCGUGCAGUGGAUUCAGGCCUGCAUGGGGUGCAUGUGUGGAUGGGGCCACCCGUGCAUGGGGUGCAUGGAGGCAUGGUCUCUUGAAUGAAUUGCUUCUUGCAGUGCUUGCUAUAACCAUUUGCUGGCCGUGCAGGUACCCCCAAUGA